GACCGGUCCCGGAGCCUCGGGGGCGGCGGGGCCCAGGCGCCAUGACUUAGCCGCCCCCGGCGGGGCUCUUCGUCUUGGCUCCCCUCUCCCCGUCCGCUCCGCCCCCCCGGGCUGCGGUGUCUGCCGCCCGGCGAGGCUGAGCUCAGGCCGUGCCUUCAGGCCGCUUGGUGGAUGAGCCGCUGGGGCGGUUGGCAGGACCGGCCCCGGCUCCGGCUCCGGCCCCCUUGUCCCGGGCCUCUCCGCCCUCGCCUCCUCCUCCCGGGCCGCCCAUGGCCGGGCACCGCCGCUGCCCGUCCUGCUCCUGCUCGUCCUGCUCGUCCUGCUCGUCCUGCCGGUCCUGCCGGUCCUGCCGGUCCUGCUGCCGCCGGCGGCUCCGCUGAGCGGGCUGCGGGUCCCCGCCGGGCGCCGAGGCCGGUGAGCGGCCCUCCCCGGGGCCGGGGCCGGGGCUUGGUGGCGGGCGGGAGCCGGCCAAGAUGGGGAACACUACCUCUUGCUGCGUGUCGUCCAGCCCCAAGAUCAGGAGGAACGCCCACUCCAGGCUCGAGUCCUACCGGCCCGAGGCCGAGCUCAGCCGCGAAGACACCGGCUGCAACCUGCAGCACAUCAGCGACCGAGAGAACAUCGACGAUUUGAACAUGGAGUUCAAUCCUUCAGACCAUCCCCGGGCCAGUACGAUAUUCCUCAGUAAAUCACAGACAGAUGUGAGAGAAAAACGCAAGAGUCUCUAUAUUAACCACCAUCCGCCGGGACAAAUAAGAAGGAAGUACAGUUCCUGCUCCACUAUUUUCCUAGAUGAUAGCACAGUCAGUCAACCGAACCUCAAGUAUACAAUUAAAUGUGUAGCUCUUGCAAUAUAUUACCACAUCAAAAACAGGGACACAGAUGGAAGGAUGCUCUUAGAUAUUUUUGAUGAAAACCUUCAUCCCCUUUCGAAAUCCGAAGUGCCACCCGACUAUGACAGACACGACCCAGAGCAGAAACAGAUUUACCGGUUUGUUCGAACAUUGUUCAGCGCUGCUCAGCUGACUGCCGAAUGUGCCAUUGUCACCUUGGUAUAUCUUGAAAGGCUUUUAACUUAUGCAGAGAUAGAUAUCUGUCCAGCAAACUGGAAACGAAUUGUACUUGGUGCGAUUCUGUUGGCAUCGAAAGUUUGGGACGACCAGGCGGUAUGGAAUGUGGAUUACUGCCAGAUCCUGAAAGAUAUCACAGUAGAAGACAUGAACGAACUGGAGCGGCAGUUUCUCGAAUUGCUGCAGUUCAACAUCAAUGUUCCUUCCAGUGUUUAUGCCAAGUAUUAUUUCGAUCUGCGUUCCCUGGCAGAAGCUAAUAACUUGAGUUUUCCCUUGGAGCCCCUCAGCAGGGAAAGGGCCCAUAAGCUCGAGGCCAUCUCUCGUCUUUGUGAAGAUAAGUAUAAGGACUUCAGAAAAUCUGCAAGGAAACGGUCAGCUAGUGCUGACAAUCUGACUGUGAUUCGGUGGUCUCCAGCCAUCAUCUCCUAACAGCAGCAUGUAAGAUAUUCUUACAGAACAACUGUUUUCAUCCAUCCACUUUCUCUCUUGGUUUGGGGGGAAAAAAAUGAGACUCUCGGUUUUGGGUUUUUUAUUUUGUAUUCUUAGCUCCGUCAAGCUGCCUUCACACUGCCUCCCAGCGUGUGGCACACAGAAAGCAACAUUUUAAUGGAAAGAGAAGUCAGUAUUGUGGAAAUCAUAAUCCCAGGCAUUUUUUCCCAGCGUCACUACCAGCAUUCCUUUGGUGAGGAAACGGUGACUCUCACGCUGGAGGAAGAAAGAAGGAAAGGGAAAGAGAAUGGUGUAGCGGCAGAAAGAAUGAUUGAAGCGACUCUGCCAUUUUUUUCAGACACUGUGCUCUUGGAGAGAUAAUCUGACCUGAAAACAAAAUAGAAGAGAACGAUUUGGAUGUGCCCUAAGGAUUCAGAUUGGCAGUGUUACAUCUUAAACAUCUUAAGUUAUUCUGCUCAGUAUUUUCUGUUCAGUUUUUUGCAUUCCUUCUUGCUGCUUCUUGGGUUUGGGAGGUUUUGUUUUGGGGGGGGAUUUUUUUUUUUUGGUCCUGCAGAGCAGUGAAUACACAGUUCUGUAGCUACAGAAGCCCAAACACCCGAGUAAAUAUUUUUGGUCAUUUCUCCCUGCAGUUUUCUCCAUGACCUGUCUUAUUAGCAUUACUCUUCAUAAAUAUUACGCAUAUGUUAUAUUUCUGUAGCCUGUAUCUUUAUUCUCCUUUCUUUCAACUACAACAAAAUUGAACCUGCCCAUAGUGCUGAACCAAAAGUAUCAAAGGAAAUCACGUAAUCCUCUGUUGUCCUUCUCACUCCUUUUAUCUAAUUUAUAGUAACACACGUGGGUGCCGGGCCUUUCCAUGUUCUUGGAGCCAUUUUUUGUUUUCUGGGACAGAUAGGGAUAUGGUUGUAAAAAUAUCCCGAUUGUGUGGACCGAGAGGAAGACUUUCAGCAGAGAUUAUCAUCUGGUGGGGAUUUUUCUCAUAGAAUUUGAGGUUUCCCUGAGUUCACUUCAUGAGAACAUUUUCUGAUUGGCCCUGCUCCUUGAUUUUUUCACCUUUAGGUCCAUUGUUGCAAGCAAUAGCCUUGAUUUUUAUAUGUUUACUUUAAAUCCAAGUGAAGUCUGUUUGUAUAAAAUCCAAUAAAAUUUCCCAAAAAAAAAAGGAAGGGGGGAAUAUGUUGGGCUGUUCCAUUGAAGGUCAUUGAAAAGCAGAAUGUUAAUCAUGCUGAGGUAUUUUUCACAGGUAGAUUGAAUUUAAAAAGAACUCAACUUGCAUUUUUCAUUGUGGGUGCUCAGAGAAGUUUUAAAAAAAUUCAAACUGUGAAGAAGGUUCAUGCUUCAUGAAUUAGAAUUGUACUUUUUUCAUUUCCUGACUCUACCUGUUUUUCCUUCUGGGAUAGAUAAGAAUAUUUUAUAUCAAAUAAUAUAUCUUCAUCAAAGGGUAAAUUUGAUCUGAAAACAUCCAUAUAUCCAAUUCAGUGAAGUAUUUUUUGCACGUUUUCUUGGAUACAGCUAAACUGUUUCCUGAUGAAAGAGUUGUCUGGGUUUUUCCCUUUAUAUGUAUUGUUGUAAAGUGAAUGACAGUAGGCUUCCUGCAUUUCACCUUUUCUCUGUACUGGCUAGAGAAAUGUAAGGGUCUUAAAUUAAUUUUUUUCACUCUUUGGCUGUCCCAGGAUCAGAUCCCAAGCCCCAUAACCUCAUGAACUUAUUCUCCACUCACAGUAAAAUAGGCCUUGGCAAUAAAGGCAUUCAAAGGGUUAAAGUUCUCCUUUGGCGUUAUAAUGCUGAACUGAAAUUUCUAUUCCCAUUCUAGAGGCACUUGUGAAGCCUGUAAAAACAGACAAACAAAAAAACAGGUUAUUGCCUAAAUUUCAUUUUUCACAGAUUGGUCUUAAGAAAAAUAUCAGUUCUUUCUCUAUUGCAGUGUGCUAGUGCACUCUAAUCCUGAAUGCUCAAGUUGACAUCUCUCUAUAAAAAUAGUUUUGAUUUAGAAUAUUUUAAAAAAUGUAGAAAUCAACACAGUAUAUUCCCAAGUAUAUAUCCUUUAAAAAGGACAUAUUUUCUUAGCUUCUGGGAUUUGAAUACCUCUCAAACAUGAAUUAGGUUUGGCCAUUUUGUAAAUUGUCUUAUUUUAUCGAUCCACUUCAGGAAAAACAUUCUGUUAUCUCUAUAGCAGAAAUAUUAGUUUUAUUCCUUUAUUUGAAUGAGAGAUAUGAACGUUGAAUUAUGUAAAUAUCUCAAUGCAUCAGCUAUAAUUUUGUGGAGUUUAUUAAACUACUUUAAAGAUUGUAUAGUCUAUUUAUUGUAUGUAUGUACAUACAGUCUGAUACUUAAAAUUUAAAGUGGAUUCCGUCACACCUGGCUCAGUCUUGUUUAGACUAUUGAAUAUUGUUUUAGCCUUGUGCACUGCACUCUACCUCUGUAUAGAUUUUUUUCCAUAUUCUUUAAUUAGUACAAAUUCUGUGAUUUACUCAGUUAUGUUUCUUGCACUAAGGUUUUUUUUGAAUCUAUGAUAAAUGUAGGUUUGUUUUUUUUUUUAGUUUUCAUUUUGCAGUAUAAAUCACUUGACAUGUAGUUGGAUAGGGGUUUUUUUGUUGUUUCCAGUUCCGUUUUUUUUUUCUACAUGAUGACUUGCUUUUUGUUCUGGUUUGUUCUAAGUUUGCCAAAAAAAAAAAAAGUACAGUUCCUACUGAUAACUCUAGUGACUGUAAUUUGUUUGUAAGGUGAUUCAAUACCAUACAAUUAAAGCUGGAUUACUAUUUAGGAA